GUUUGUAACCUUCUUGUGAAUCACUAUUCCUCACUUCUAACUGUAAACGGAAGGGACGUGACCCACUUGGUCACGUCUAGAAGUAAAUAUUCGGGUAAAACAUACCGCCUCGUGACAAAAACGUGAUGCAGACCCCUCGGUGUUUUUACGGAUGGGUACGGUUGUUGUUGGCUUGUUUAUGCUCAGUAUUGUUGAUCGAGGGAUCUGAUAUUGAAUGCCCCACCAGAUGUCUUUGCUUUAGAUCUACUGUGAGAUGCAUGUUUUUGCAAUUAGACAAAGUACCCGCGGUACCUUCUGAAACGACUGUUCUAGACCUCCGAUUUAAUAAAAUACGAGAAAUCAAGAGUAAUGCAUUUAAAAACUUAGGACAACUAAAUACACUGUUAUUGAAUAACAACCAUUUAAACAAAAUAGAAGAUGAUGCUUUUGCAGGUUUGACAGAAUUGAAAUAUUUAUAUCUUUAUAAGAAUCGCAUCAAAACUAUUGGAAGUACUGCAUUCAAAGGAUUACAGAAAUUAGAGCAACUAUACAUACAUUUUAAUAAAAUAGAGAAGAUAGAAUCUGAUACUUUUGCAGAUCUUCCUUCAUUGGAAAGAUUAUUUUUGCAUCAAAACAAACUAUCAAAAAUACCCUAUGACGCAUUUAAGCACUUAAAAUCAUUAAGAAGAUUACGUCUCGAUUCAAAUGCUUUGAUAUGUGACUGUGAAAUGAUGUGGUUGGCUGAUAUGUUGAAAGAGAACGAAGCUGCAACUCAGUCUGCUGCAACAUGCGAAUACCCUAAAAUACUGAAAGGAAAACCUCUAACCGCCUUGAAUAAGGAAGAUUUCAGAUGCAAAAGGCCAAAAAUUACUGAAGAACCCAACGAUGUUGAUGUCACUUUUGGUGGGACCGCUUACUUCUCUUGCAAAGCGGAUGGAGAUCCAAAACCUGACAUUGUAUGGCUUCACAACAGCAAUGAAAUAUCACCAAGUGAAGGGGAGAGAUACAGCAUCUUGACGGAUGGUACACUUAUGAUAACAGAAGCCCAAGAUUUGGAUGCUGGGGUGUACGAAUGCAUGGCUAAGAAUCCAGCUGGUGAAAUAAAAUCAAGAGCAGCUAAGAUGCACUAUCUCAACGAUCAAGCGAAUUUAAUAAGAAGUACUCUCAGAUUCAGAGACCAGCCAACAGACAGUAAAGUUCCUGUUGGAGCAACUAUUGUAUUACCUUGUACAGCAGUCGGGGAACCGAACCCUAUUAUAAACUGGGUGCAAAACCGAAUAUCUUUGCCCAGAGUUUCUAGAUAUCACGUGUCUCCCUCUGGUUCUCUUACGAUUAAAAAUGUGCAGAAAAAUGACGCAGGAGUGUAUCAGUGUAUUGCCACUAAUAAUCUGUCUACAAUAGCUGUUGAAGCGAACCUCAUAGUUGAAGCCCCUCCUGUGUUCCUGGAACGCCCCAGAGAUCAAGAGGCCCUUGAAGGACAGAAUGUUGAACUUUUCUGCAUUGUUGAUGGAAGCCCACGCCCUGUCUUAUGGUGGAUCAAAGAUGGAAUUAGACUCCGUAAUCGAGGGAAUAUCUAUUUGUUGAAGGAUUCAUCCAUACUGAAAAUUGAAGAUGUAACGAAAAGCAACGAAGGAAUAUACACUUGUUAUGCUGAAAAUGCUGGAGGGCAAAGAAACUCAAGCGCUCUCCUUAUGAUCAGGCAAAAUGUUCCACCUGUUUUUACUCGAACGCCUGAGGAUCAGAGAAUUCACUUAGGAUCCAGUAUAGAGUUACCCUGUCAUGCCAAAGGUCAGCCAAUGCCUCAAAUAAAGUGGAGAAAAGAUGGCCAUGUUAUGUCUUCUUAUUCGGAUCAUCACCGAAUCAACAGUCAAGGCGAUUUAUACAUGUUUAACGUUGGAAAAGAGGAUGAGGGAAUUUAUGAAUGCAUAGCCGAAAAUGAAGUUGGAUCUGCAUUUGUAUCAAUGCACCUUACAGUAUCAGAUGAACCUUUUGUUGGAAGACCGGGUGACGGUUUGAUAUUUGUAGCUGUUGAUGAAGCCCGGGUUGAAAUUGACAAAGCUCUGAAUCACACCUUAUACGAGUUAUUCGGAGAACCACAUAGGAGACAACCUGGAGAACUGUUGCAAGCCUUCAGGUUUCCAACGAAUGAAGCCAGAGAAGCCGCUAGAUCAGCUGAAAUCUAUGAACGAGCACUAGAAAUUGUAUGGAGUCACGUACGAUCUGGAAAUCAGUUUAAUUUAAGUGAUUUUAGAUAUCAAGAUAUCUUAUCAGAUGAUAAGCUCGACCUUUUAGCGAAUUUAUCCGGCUGUCUAAUACAUAAAAAAGAACCGAGCUGUUCUGAUAUGUGCUUUCACCAAAGUUACCGAACAUUCGAUGGUUUAUGCAAUAACUUCAACCAUCCGAGGUGGGGAGCAUCACUGACACCUUUCACGAGACUGUUACCAGCAGAAUAUGAAAAUGGUUUCAAUACACCCAUAGGUUGGUCAAGAACAAAGCUAUACAAUGGGCAUCCAAAACCCAGCGCAAGGGUUGUAUCCACUGAAAUUGUAUCUACACAUUCAGUAUCUCAAGACUCUGAAUAUACGCAUAUGUUGAUGCAAUGGGGUCAGUUUUUGGACCAUGACCUCGAUUUCUCAAUGCCUUCCAUUAGUCACGCAAGCUUCAUAGACAGCGUCGAUUGCGCCACCUCGUGUGAGACAGUUGCACCCUGUUUUCCCAUAGAAGUACCACCAGGAGAUCCUCGCAUUCGUAGGCAUAGCUGCAUGGAGUUUAUACGCUCCAGUUCUGUCUGUGGAUCAGGCAUAACAUCUGUGUUUUUCAACAGAGUUGAACCUAGAGAGCAAGUCAACCAGUUGACAGCGUUUAUUGAUGCUUCAAACGUCUACGGUAACAAUGAGCGUAUUGCUGAGCACCUACGCGAGAUGAGUAGCAAUAGAGGUCUUAUGAGAACUGGUAUCUUAACUGCAUCGGGAAAACCUCUAUUGCCCUUUAAUGAUGGACAGCCAAUUGAUUGCAAAAGAGAUCUUGCUGAGAGUACAAUAGAUUGCUUCUUGGGUGGAGAUGUCCGAGCCAAUGAACAAUUAGGACUGCUAUCAAUGCACACAUUAUGGGUCAGAGAACAUAACCGCAUUGCAAAGGAGCUAUUUCGUUACAACCCACACUGGGACAAUGAGAAACUUUAUCAUGAAUCAAGAAAGAUUGUUGGGGCCAUUAUGCAACAUGUUACUUAUGCUCAUUGGUUGCCGAAAAUAUUAGGUGAAAAUGGCUAUGCUAAAUUAGGGCCUUAUAAAGGAUAUGAUCCUAAUGUCAACCCAUCCAUUGCAAAUGUGUUCGCUACUGCUGCCUUAAGAUUCGGCCAUACGUUGAUUAAUCCUGAAUUAAUGAGAUUGAACGAGACAUUUCAACCCAUUCGCGAAGGUAAUCUUCCUCUUAGGAAAGCAUUCUUUGCACCAUUUCGUUUGGUUGAAGAAGGUGGUAUGGAUCCAUUGUUUAGAGGACUGGUGUAUGCUCCAGCGAAAUUAAAGCGUCCUGAUCAGCUUCUUAAUUCAGACUUGACAGAGCAUCUAUUCACACCAGCCCAUUUAGUUGCCCAAGAUCUCGCUGCUUUAAAUGUCCAGAGAGGAAGAGACCACGGUUUGCCGUCAUAUAACAAAUGGAGGAAAUAUUGUAAUUUGACAGUGGCCUCUACAUUCGACGAUCUCAGAAAUGAAAUUACGGAUAUCUCCCUCCUAAGAAAGCUGCAACAAUUGUAUGGUCAUCCAGAUAACAUUGAUCUCUGGGUUGGUGGUAUCAGUGAAGAUUCAAUUGAAAGUGCUAAGAUAGGGCCAACUUUCCUUUGCUUACUCAUUGAUCAAUUUAGAAGAGUCAGAGACGGCGAUCGGUUUUGGUAUGAAAAUCCUGGUAUCUUCACCACAGAUCAGCUGACUCAAAUAAAACAAAGUUCUUUAGCCCGAGUUAUCUGUGAUAAUGGGGAUAACAUCACAACUUUGACUAAAGAUGUAUUCACUGUUCCUCAUUUACAAUCUCCAAAAUUUACGUCUUGCUCAUCUCUGCCGAGUAUCAAAUUAAAUGUAUGGACCGAAUGCUGUCAAGAAUGUCGUGCAUCCAGAAAUGAUGAAUUGAACGAUAUUAACCUCCGUCCAAGACGAUCUUUUCUUGUGCGUUCAGAAGAGGAAUUUAGUUUGCUAAAUGACCAGGCUAUACACCACGAACCAUUUAAUCUUACUCAACAGUCUAAGAAAGAACACGAUUUAGACAUCACUGAAGAAAGGAUCGAAGGCAUCGAGGAAUUAGUUGGAAAACUAGAAAAAACAGUUCAUCGCCUGAGCAGAAAGGUUCGAAAGCUGGAAGCAGAAUUUAAACAUCAAAGAAAGGGAGAGUGCAUUGAUUCCGACAAACAGGCUCGAACUUCUGGUGAAAAGUGGAAAAAAGACAAAUGUACUAGCUGCCAAUGUGAAAACAAUCAAGUUACUUGCUGGGUUGAAACCUGUCAACCAAGUACAUGCUUACAUCCAAGAAUUAUAGAUGAAAAAUGCUGUCCUGUUUGUUGAAGAGAUGCACAAAUUCAUUAGCUGUGUUGCAACUGUGUGCCAUUUGUUUUGUUGUAAAUAAAAAUUGUGCCAUUUUU